UUUCUGCAGGGUGAGGUACCACGUCUUCACUUCUUUGCGUGUGAUGUACCCGCCAUAGAGCCCCCCAAGGUGUGGCAGGGCAGUCAUUCCAACCAAGGGCAGCCACAUUCUCUUGUAAAGGUCGCCUGUUAUGCAAGAAAAGGGCCCUGCUGCAGUGGUGGGGGGGCGUCAUAAGAGAGAGAGAAAAAAUAACAACAUUAUCACCACGGUUCUCUCACCGCAUCUUGGCUCUACGUCUCCGCGGAGUCGAGCGCCACAUCCUCGCCGACCAGACGCCGCCAACACCUGCCCGUCGCCUGCAAGCGCGCUCGGCGUGGGGAAGAGCAAAUAGACGGCGGCUGACAUGGCCAAGAGCAUGAUGCCUCCUCUGAAGAUGCCCGUCCAGCAAAGCAAGUGGCUUGUGACGACGACGCCUGACAGAAGAUCCUUGGACUGAAGCGUGCGUCCCUUCACACCGAUGGCCUGGACUGAGUUUCAGCUGGCCUGCUGAAGCCAUGGGGAGCUGUUGGAGCUGUCUGUACAGGGACCCCAUCCGAGACAACCAUCUCACCAAGUUUAAGGUCAUCAAUGUGGACGAUGAAGGCAAUGAGCUGGGCUCUGGCAUCAUGGAGCUCACCCAGACCGAGCUCAUUCUCCACACACGCAAGAGAGACGCCAUCAGGUGGCCAUACCUCUGCCUGCGCCGCUACGGCUACGACUCCAACUUGUUUUCUUUUGAGAGUGGGCGCCGCUGUCAGACUGGACAGGGGAUCUUUGCCUUCAAGUGCUCUCGCGCUGAGGAGAUCUUCAACCUGCUCCAGGAGCUGAUGCAAUGCAACAGCAUCAACGUGGUGGAGGAGUCAAUGAUGAUGACUCGCAGCGGCCACACGCCAGAAAUGGAGAUGUCUCGAACACCGCAGACUCCCAACACUCCAGCAUUCCCCGUGCAGGCUUUUCCCAACGGAUACCCUGGUUAUCCAAUCAGAGGAGAGUCCUCCCAGCCUUCCCUUGCUGAGGAACACGGACACAACCUCAUGGGCCUAGAAGACCAGACGCACACCUACGUGAACACUGUUACCAUGGAGGGGGAUCUCGCCAUGCGUCACUGCGUGCACUCCCUCCCUGAGGUGCGGCCCAGCGCUUUCCCAGAAACGGCACGCGGGGCCAUGCCAGGUGCGGGCCAAGGGAAUACGCAGUCCAACCUGCGGUGCUGCCCCCUGGAGGAGCAUAAAGAUUCUCAGGUGUUCCUCCAGCCGUCGUCACAGGAGGUAAAGUUCAUGCUGGGCCCCACGCCAGCGCAGCGUCAUCUCCUGCAAAGGGAAAGGGAGCGUGAGAGGGAGCGGCUCGCUCACGGCCCCCACAGCCUUCAACCAGCAGAGGGCGCAACAGGCUCAGAGACAGACGGCGACGAGCCCUCCGUGCAGAUGUGCAACUCUCUCUCCUAUCACCAUUUCCAUCACCACCCUCACAGGCACCCGUGCCACGAGCACCCGGACAGCUGCCAGAGCGCCGAGCUGACCUACGAGAACAUCAAUGGCCUGAGGAGCUGCCGCAAGCAGCGGCUGAGUCCCAGCAGCGUGUCCCAGUCGGUGGGCUCCAGCAGCAGCAGCAGCACCGGAGACAGUCACUCUCACUCCCUCCUCCACCCCCACAGAACGUCCUCGCUUCCUCCCCAGGGCUACGGCUGCGAGAGGACAAUAGGCGGAGGUCACCGCCGGACGGCCUUGCUCAACUACGAGAACCUACCCUCGCUUCCCCCCGUGUGGGAGUACAGUGCCCUGCAGCGUGACGACGAGCAGGAAGAAGAAGACGAUGAGGCAGACGAAGAGGAGUAUGAAGAGGAAGAGGAAGACUUUGACGAGUACGAGUUCUCAGAAGGCCCCGAGACCACCAACGGCUACCACCAGGAUGGGCGGGGCAUCCACAGGGACGCUCUUCAGAACUACGUCAACACAGAGCAGGUGCAGCCGCCCAGGCUGCGACACAGCUGCCCCCCGCAUCCACGGCCGUGUCAGCCCGACAGAGGGGGGCGCAUUUUUAGCUUUGAUUUCCGCAGACGCUCCAGGUCAGGGGUCGGAGCCUGCGAGCACGGCCACAUGCCUCAGUCGCGGCAGCUCAACUACAUCCAGGUGGACCUCGAGGGGGACGCCCUCGGCGGCGGCGGGGGCGGCCCGCCGCAGCACCAGCGCCUGCCGCCCAAAAACUGUGGCCCGCAGGCUCCCAGGCGCAGUGAAUGCUACGCCGUCAUUGAUCUGAAGAAGACAGCGGCCAUGUCCAACCUGCAAAAAGCUCUGCCCAGGGAUGACGGCACUUCCAGAAAGACUCGCCACAACAGCACAGACCUGCCUCUGUAGACCACGUCGACCAUGAGGAGCGGACAUGAUCACAGAUGGAUCUUCAUUUGAGCACACCGGACCCUUCACUGUCAUCCGUCUUUUUGGAUUGUGGCGCUGUCUCAGACGGUAGCAGUACCUGAUUAGUGAAAGGGAACCUCUGCCAUUCGAUGCUGUUAUUUAUUAGCUACGUGUUGUGACGUUCUCUCUGGAGUUUCACUUUCAAAUACUGUUUGCCGGAUGUUUUUCCGAGCACAGUGACGUCAUGCCCACCAGCGAAAGGGAGCGGAGACAUCUGUGUGGCGCUAUUUCCAUCUUGUAACGUGAUUACGGUCCCCACACCAUUCCCACUCUUCUUGUUGCGUUCACGUACUUCCUCGGCCGGCGGCAUCCACGCUUUGCAGAAGAAGUUCCUAGCCAGUGUUUGUACCUCAUGGCCGGCACCAGCGUGGUCACUUUAAAUGGCUCCUUAUUUCUUCAUGAAUGCCCGUAGAGCAGUUUGCACACAAUCCUAUGGAAUUGUAUUCUUUGAGUUCUAGGGACAUUGGGUUCUGACUGAGAGGUUGUUUUUGGGACAAGUAGCACAAAGUGGAAUCAGUGAGCCUCGUCCCUCUCCCAAGUAGCAUACCCGCACCUCCAUCCACAGCAUAUUGCACUUUUGAAGAUGCUCUUUGUUUCCGCAGCCUCUCCACCUGAGCCGCACGUUUCUCGUAUCCUCAAAAGAAGGCAAAGGGCCACAUGUUUCGCAGACUUUCGGCCAGCAUUUGUAGUUCUUUCAAGGUUUGGAAGACAACAUCCUGUGUAACCUCAUAGACGCUCAUUAAGAUCACCUCAAAUGUGCUGAUCCGACACUUUGCCCGUCAUCAGGUAUGAACGGUCUGCUUCAAAGGUAAGCAAGGUUAUUUUCUUUAUUGCUAAUUACUCUCUGCCAUCAGUAGAAUAUUUAUUUAUUUAUUGCGUUAUUUAUGAGACCCUCUUUUAAGUGUACUAUUUUCCAUGUGACAACCAGCAUUUUUUAUUUGUAAUUUUUUUUGUGUGUGUAAUCCAGUUGUUAACCUGGAGACCAAAGUUUGAAAUUCUAACUGUGCUUGGUUCUAUUUUAACAACUUUAAAAGAGACUUUAUUUCUACUCUUAAGUGCCAAAAUCAAACGUAAUGAAAUCAAUUGUGCCAGUUGUUUUCAAAAAUAUAUGAUAGGGCUGGAGAGAUGGUGUGAGAAGUGUGGGGAAUUCAUUUUUUUUAUUUAUUUUUUUUUGAAGAUGAAUAGAAAAAAAAAUGCACAUUUCACCUCAUUCACAUCCACCGUCAUUUUGGAGCAAGACGUUAAUAAUAAUGAUAAUGGUGAUGUGUUUGCUGCUACAUGUUACACACAGAGUGCAUCCAUGCGGUAUGACAACGUGCUGCGUGUGCUUUGACCGUAUUGUUAGGUACUCUUGAUUAAGUAGCAUUAUCCUGUUUCCUCAAAUGAUUUCUGGAAAUGUAACAUUUUUCUGGUCAAUACUUGAUUUCUUUAAUAUUGCUUUCAUGACAAGACUUACUUGCAAGCAGACAUGACAUAUUGGCAUUAGCACUAUACCUCCAUAAGCUAUCAAAUGCAUAUUCAAAUACAAACUGGGGGGCUUCUGUGCUACCCAAGUUUGAAUACGGUAAAAGAUGAAGUCAGAGGAGGCAUGCAGUGGAACCUCCAAAGUUCCGUGACUCAAAGUUCCAGUAUGUUGUAGUAACAAAACUGUUUUUCCACAGGGAUCAAUUGUAACUUGAAAGGAUAGUUUUGAUUUUUUGAGCAGUGUAGUGCAUCAACAGUUACUUUCCCCCCACUUCGUCCCGUGAGCCCAGGUCUGGUUGAUUUUCGUUGUGGAGGAAAGUAGUUCUGGCUGCUUGCUAGGGUCUCUUAAGUUAAGCAUUCUGCUUCUCAAAACAAUAUGUGUUGAAAAGAGUAAUGCAUCUGCAUCACAAAACAGUUGCCCACAAAAAAGUCACACCUCUCAAUCGCUCGGCGUUAUUUUCUCUCUGUCACUGCACGCUUCCGCUUGUCCGUUGUUGCGCAUGCAUUCCAUAGUUUUUACAUGUGCGGAUGAAGACCGCUGUGUUGAUAACUCUCUAGCGUCAGAGUGGUCUCCGAAUUGGAAUUGUCUAACAGCGGACCUGGCCAAUAGCACUCAUCAUUAAUACGUUGAAAAAUGCACAGUUAAUCAGUGUGAUCGGUAUCUGCCCAUCUCACUCAUGGAUGAUCGGUAUCAGAAUCUGCAGCAUAAAACCCUCAUUAUUUCCGAUGAGAAAAACUGCUUCAGUUUUUGUAUGUUUUGGUUUUCGCCGAACCUUGUGGAACGGAUUAAUAACAAAAACCGAGGUACCACUGUAUACCCCAACACAGAAGCCUUAAAAAUCCCAAAUCUGAAGUUACAAUUAAUAUUUAGGGUGUCUUUAAAGGCUGACUAGUCCUGACUGUGACUGGUGUUCACAUUUGCAAUAAAACGUAACUUUGGCAUUUUGUGAAAAUAAGUCACAUUUGAACUGGGGGUCUUCAUCUGCCUUCAUGUCAUUAUGGUUUGUCACGAUUGUACGACCUUGUGCUUAAAUUUGUCAUGGACAUUUCAGUGCCAUACACUCACUCACUGUCCUGAGCCUUUCAGCGUGCCAACAUUCUACACUGACAAGACAGCUUUGUCAAAAUGUCUUUUAAACACGUUUAGAACCUCGCAAGCACCCAAACUGCUGCUUCUCCUACAAUCAAGUCCACUAAUACUUCCACUACACACACAGACACACAUGACCUCACCAAGCGUGGUGUUUACGCCUCAGGCAUGCGACACCCGGGGGGGUGGGGUCACCCACGGUCAGCAUCGCUCCCGCCCGUCGUUAUCUGAAGGGCAAGGAGCCACAAGUCAAGAUAACAACUCGUAUUGUUGGAGUUCCUCAUACUUAAUUUAUCGAGCGGGUUGUUUAACUAAAAGGGCUUGCUCUGUGUUUACCGUUUAAACAUUACGGCGCGUUAUCUCCAAAUCCUUUGCCACACUUUCCUCACUGUGCCUUUCAUAUGGAAACUUGGGGGAACAUCGCUGCUGUUUGCCUGUCGUCAAAGAAAAAUGCAAGGGAACCAGUUUGACAUCCGGGGGGGAAAAAAUGUAUUCUUUCAUUCUUCCAGCUAGUAUAGUUGAUUGAAAGCAGAUGCAUCGUCCAACAUCAAUAGCAAGGCACCCUUUUGCUGCUUGCUUUGUAUGGGGGGAAAAGUAGCUCCAUCUGGUGGACAAGUAUAAAAAAAAGAAGUGAUAUGUGAUGAUGAUUGCCUUGUUACUUACCUGGCACAGACUCCAGGAAGCCGGUUCUCCCAACACAUAACACCUUUUGUACCACUUUUAGUUUUUAUAUUUAAUUUGCAGCAGUUUUAAUAUCUUAUUUUGGAAAUUUGAAAAGAAACACUAACCUAAAAUCCCGUUUGUCGUCACAGGAGAUGUAGCUAAUAGCUCUUAAACCUCGUUUACACUUGCACGCACUUUGUCCCCGCAAUGGUACGUCAUUUUGCGUCGCCACAGGUGUGAAGUAUGUGUGAACUGUGUGGGGCUGCGUACCAGUGCGCAAGGAACAUUUUGAAAUGUUCAAAGUCUAGUCGUGAAUGCCCAAGAACUAGAUUUGGACGGCGAAGACCAGGUCGCCCAGGCGCCCGCCCUCGACUGCCACUCAAAACACAUUGCAGUGGACUCUUAUGCUUGCCACCGCAGGUGGUGGGUCUACGGGGGAGGGAUAUUAGAUAUCUGCUAAUAACUAAUCACAAUGGCUAAAGCGAUGUCUACUAGUCAGCAUUUCCCUCUCCCACACUGUCCAUGUCUCUCUCUUUUUCUAGUUUAUUGCCUCCUUCCUGCUCUUUGCUCAUUGUCUACCUGCAGCUGCAAGAAAAUAUAGACUUAGUAGCUUUCUUUAUUGCAUGAGCUUCUUCUCUGGAGUUCAACAUCUUGUAGGUCCCUUGCAAACAGCGGAAUGAAUGAAUCUAAGGGUGAUGUUUGCUGUUGCGUGGCAUCAAGUGGGACCAAAUAAUAAAUAAUAAAUGACACAUAUUGCUACAGCAAAUUGCGGGACAAUGCGGAGGCAAAAUGCAUGCAAGUGUAAAUACUUUCGCAUCGUAAAGUCAGGACAUUUAUCAUCUAAGUCUUACCUCGUUAAUUAUUUGAGAUGUCAUCUGUUCCCUUACAUAAAAAUGUCCAACUUAGCAGACUGUAGCAUGUAAUAGAACACUAAAUCAUGCCUUGUUAGCCAUUUGACAGCUAGCAUGCACUGCACGCCAGUAAGUCAGCUCCUCCAACACAAAACAGUUCAACGAGCACGCAAAUCAUCAUUUUUAAUAUUUUCUGCCGUUCUAAUAUGUUAUUUUUCAAAUAUGAAAAGAGAUGCUAACCUAAAAUCCUAUUUGUCACCACUGGAGAUGUAGCUUUGCCCGCUAAAAGCGCUUAGCAUUAGCAAAGUCAGGAAGUUUAUCAUGGAAAUCUUAAUCAAAUUAAUAUAAAAGUCUAAUGUUCCCUUACAUAAAAAGAAUAUAAACACGUAACGUACAAUGUUUUGAUUUUUAUAUUUACCAUUUUUAGCACUUCUAAUAUGUUAUUUUUCAAAUUUGAAAAGAAAUGCUAACCUAAAAUCCUAUUUGUCAUCGCUGGAGAUGUAGCUUACCUGGCUAACAGACCUUAGCAUUAGCAUUGUAAAGUCAGGAGGUUUAUCACCAAAAUUAAUUAUUCAAAAGGCCCACUUUUCCCUUACAUGAAAAAUCUUCUGUGUGUAGCAUUUAAGGAAGUAAAGUUAGAUGAUAAUGUCAACAUAGCUAAUUGUGCUAACCUGAAUUCUUAUCAGCUAAACGUCUGAAGAAUGUGACUACUAGUUUUUCUUUCAUUUUUUUUCCCUUCUUUGCUUUUCUGAUGUCAAGAUGCUAGAAAUGUGAAAGGCAAGACACAAAGUCAUAAGAGCAACAUGUCAUCCUCAUCAGGGCAGUUUCAUAUCAUUGUCACUGUAAACAUGAGAACCUCAUGGCCAUGUUCAUGCUACAAAAGAAAUAUUUGUCAAAAUAUCUGAUAAAACAGUAUAUGUUGAUAUUCUGUAUGUGUUUUUUUUGUUUGUUUUUUAAUACGACAGUAGAAUUGCCACCAUUGUAGGGGUAUUAGGAGAAAAAAAAACAUUAUGAUAAUACAAUCUUAAUAUUCUGGCGUGGAAAAGUCACAUUUUCCCCACAAAAAGUUACUUUUUUUUCUGAGAAUAAAGUCAAAAUAUUAAAUGCAGUUCUUUGGGAAAUUUUGCCCAUCAUGCACACUCCUUAUGUGAGACAUGAACAUACUCGUCUUUCUCUUUUCCCUGCGUUUCUAGACAUAAACAGAUAAAACAUAGAUAUAACAUAUAACAGCGAAAAGGAGGCAGCUAAUUACUGCACACAAUGCGACACACCUAUGCCACCUACAAAGCCUGCUACUAAAGCACCUCCCGAAAAGCUCCAACAAGGUUUUAUGGUUUUAAACAUGCUCUAAACAUGUAGUCACAGGUCAUUUAAAGCAUUAGCGGAACUUCCUUCAUGGGUGCAUUGAUUUCACAAAGCAACAUAGAAAGUGGCGUUACACCUAGCGUUAACCUUUCCAAACUCAAAAACAAAAACACAGCAGCAGUGGCGGCAGCUCCAAUUUGUACCUUUCGCUAGCGAGGUGUCACUACACCUUUCAACGUAGUUCUUGGGCAUAACAAUGUUAAUAAUAAUAACAAUGUUGCUGUAGCUUGAUUAAUAUGCAGAUCACAUGAUGUAAAUAGAGCGUUGUUGGCGCUUUUUGGAUUUUUUUUUUCAGAAGGCUUUCUAGGCGGAAUAGUUGCAUUUUUUAAGUGCAUUUUUAGCUGCCUCUUUUUAGCUGUUUUUAUAUCUUUAGAACACACGGAAAAGACAAAGACAUAUGUUCAUGUCUCACAUAAGGAUUGUGGACGAUGGCCAAAAUUCCAAAAAAGUGCAGUUUUCCUUUAAGUUUUUAUUUAUUUAUUUAUUUUACUGAUGACAUUUUUCAAUGGUUCUCCAACUUUUUUACACCAAGUACCACCUCAAAACGUGUUUGCUUUGCAAGUACCACCCUUUUUGCUACCUCAGUUUCUUAUUAUUGUUUAGCUUGGAAUAUGUGGCUUGCACUUGCAGGUAAUUAUCCUGGAAAAUUUGAUUUGAGUACAGUUUUACUUAAUCUUUGGUUAAUUCAUGUAAUACACUGUAUUUGUAUGAUUAUUUCAUACAUAGUUCACGUACCACUUUAAGAAUCGAGGACUAUUUCACUGUUUAUCACGUUGUAACACAGCUUUAAGUACGUCCAUCCGUUUUCUGUACCGCUUGUCCUCACUUAAGGUAAUUUAUCAUAUAUUCAUACAACUUUAUUCUUUUAAAAUUCUGACUUUAUUCCACAAAAACGACAGAAAAAAAGACUUUUUUUCUGUAAUAUUUAAUACUUUUUAUUGGUCAUACUUCAGUCAUACUCCUUGGUGCCACCAGGGGGUGAUGUAGUGUACCUGAAGGCUGCUCUGGCCUGGCUCUGUAACUACUGUAUCAGUUCCUUCAUUGAAAGAGUGCCAAAUCUGCUUGAGCAUGUCAAAUGUUUGGACUGGGGGGGGGGGGGCACUACUGCUUGAGACACGAAUGCAACCGUUUAAAUAAUUCAUGUUGACAUGCGAGCGGUUCAAAAGGUUAAGGUUUAUCAUUUGUUUCAUUUUGCAAUUUAAAAAAAAAAAAAGAAAGAAAAGACAAAAUGUUUCUUCAAGUGUUUGUUGAAUGUCUGUGUGCAUCCACGAGUGACGGUCUGAUAUAGCCAUUAGAAGCCCAUUCGCUUCACUUGUUGGACUGUCAAAAUGGACAUGGGGGGGGGAUUUUUUAUUUUAUUUUCCUCCUACCCUCUUUAAUCAUUCCACACGCAGAUGAGUUCCUAACGAAAUGUCCUAAGAACUUAGUGAGACGGACACUUUGGGGGCUUUUAUCAUUUCUAGAGUGUGGAUUUGUCCAAAAUGUACAAGUCAAUGUAAUUCCAAUAUUAAAAAUGAUGCCAUGAAAAUAUCUUAUUGUGCAUUAAACAGUGUCAACUUUG